CCUAUUCUAAGAGUGCAGUCUCCAGUCCAACGGGUUGAAGGCACGAAGUAUUUGGCUGACGCAUCCUAAAGAAAGAACAAAUUUCAAGCACUUGCAGCACAGCCAGCAUUCCCUCUCGUUCGAAAGAUGGAGAAAAGAACGGUAACCAUCUUGCUGUUGGUUUUCUACUUGAGCUGCUUCGUGAAUGCCAAGACAAAAGUGCGCCUUCCGCAAGUUUACAGCAGAAGCUGUCCAAUAUCAAUAUGCGAAGAUGCAAACAGCUAUUGCGGAAGAGUCCGCGACGGGAAACUGAAGAUGCAACGAAUGUUUUACAAGCUGACAAAGAUGAUUUCAAAUCCAAAUGCGAUUGAGCUUCCUAUGCCUCGUCUAGAUCAACCCAUCAACGCAACGAUGCAGUAUUUCAUGAUUAACAAAUUUGACGCCCAAUGUUUCAAUUUGAUUUUUCUUGUGCUGGGAAAAGCACGAGGAGCUGUCUCCAGCGCCGCUAUGAAGCAAUUUCAAACGCAGAGAUUCACUACCUUCCAACAAUAUGAUGCUAUUGGCGAAAUGUUCAAAAAAGGCAUCGGGAUUUACAACCCGAUGUUAUCAAGAUAUUUUAGAAGCCCGUCAUUGAGUUAUCCUUUCAUGAAAGACCUUCGUAAAGGAAACUUUUUUCUAUCAGACGAAUAUUUUGUUCAAGGACGACUUGCAGGGAUGAACGUCAUGACUAUUCGUCGUGUAACGAGAAGAGGAAAGAUUGGGACAAACGUCAAGACACUGAAACAAAGAUUAAAUCCAAAUUUCAAAUGGGCAAAAGCAAUUUCUUCUGUUACUAGAAGAGGAUUUUGGCAGUCAAUAUCAGCAAGGAUGGUGUAUGUUUCGGAAUUCCCGUUGCUGAGCGGAAUGCAGAACAUCCCCGAUCCUUUAGCGAAGUACUUUCCACCUGGUGUCAAGGUGAUCCCCCAAACCAAUCCAAUCGCAAUAUUUGCAAGUCGGUAUAAUCAAAGGAAAAGACGAUAUGAACUAAAACCGGUGGCCAUUCAGAUAGAUGACAAGCAACAUUCAAAAGUUUACACCCCAAGUGAUGGAUUCAAUUGGCAAGUAGCAAAGGCGAUGCAUCUACUCACUGAAACUUUUCAUGGACAGUUCCACGAGCAUUUGCUCCAAACCCAUUUGAAAAUGGAGCCAAUCUGCGUCGUUUUAAAUCGGCAAAUCUCCGAAUAUCAUCCGCUGCACGAACUCUUGAAAUACCACUGUCGAGGAAUGCUGCCUCUUAAUGCCAACGCGGCACCAUCUUUCUUUGGAGAGUCGGGUUCUGCAAAUGUCAUGUUUGGUUUUGGGGCUCCUGGAGCGAUAAAGUUGGUGCAAAGAGGGUACAAGAAAAUGACUUGGAAUGAUAUUGACCUCGAGAAUAAUCUAAAGAAAAGAGGUAUGAACGACAGAAAAAAGGUCCCUUUUUACCCAUACCGUGAUGACGGCAGGGCUGUCAACAGGGUUCUGAAGAAGUUUGCAAGACAGUUUGUAGAUUUGUAUUACGAAUUUGAUCGAGAUGUUUUUGAAGAUCAAGAGUUACAGAACUUUAUAAAUGAGGUGUCUUUGAAAGGAAAGAGGCCCCCAAAUAAUGGAAUCGGUGGGGUAAAGGGGCUGCCUUCACAUUUUGCAACGAAAAAUCAACUCGCUAGAUUUAUCUCCGAGGUUCUCUGGAUACAAGUUCAGCAUGCUUCGAUAACUUAUCCACCAAUGGUUUAUGGGGAGUCGGCGUCUCUAGCUUCGUCAAGACUCUACCAUGACCCAAUAGGGUAUCACAAGAAGGACUUGGCCUAUUUGCUUCCUGGUCCAAUUGGGGCUAUUGUUCAAACGAGUGUAGCAAUGGGUGUCGGAGCCUAUCAUUAUGACAAUCUGUUUGAUUAUGGCGAUGAGCUACGGGAUCAGCCAAUGAAAAGACUGGUAGCAAAGACAUACAGGGAGCUAAUGGAGAGGGUGAAACCACUGCUUGAUAGAAGAAACGAGCAAAGAUUGAAAAGGGGGCAUGUCUCAUAUCCAUUCCUCGUUCCAGGUUGGGUUCCAAAUAGCAUCAGUACAUAGAAGAUAGCCUUACUAAACAGGCUGGACAAAUGCAUCUAAAGUUAAAAUGCACCAAUUUUUCAUAUAAUCAUUUUUAUAAAAGAUUUUACUACUCA